GAUCUACCAGAGCUCACUGGAGAAGCAAACACAUUUGAGGCACAGCUGAAAAACAAAUAACAAUGAAGAUCCUUAUACUUUUAUUCACCUUGAUAGUUAAAAGUAGUCAGUUAUCACAGUCAGAGUGUGGAUCAGAGUGGAGGCGACCACAGCUCACUGAUAUCUCAGUAGAGUGUGGUACUUCGUCCAUUAAUCUGGCGGUUGUCAUUUGCCCAGUCGCCUACACUGGCUACAACGAGACUCGACUGAUCCUGAACGACAUGUGGGACUCGAACUGCCGAGCGACCCUAGACGAAUCCGUGAGUCCACCUGUCGCUCGCUUCAACUUCCCCUUGAAUAUGACCAACGCCUGUGGAAGCAUAUUCCGGACCACCAGCGCUACAGGAACAGGCAUCUUCUCCGACUUUUCCAACAUCCAGACGGUCAACGUCAGUGGCAUAAUUCGGUCCAGUGAUCCCACUACAGGCAUGGUCACUUACAAUGCCGAGCUGAAGUACUACUACUCCUGCGCCUAUCCCUUAGAGUAUCUGAUCAACAACACCCAGAUUGAUGUGUCGUCUUCCUCCAUUGCCAUCAAGGACAACAAUGGGAGUUUCAUCAGCACGCUGAGCCUAUCGCUGUACAGUGAUGAAGCAUACACACAACCCAUGACCAUUCCAGAAGAGGGGAUCGAAUUGAGAACUGAGGUCUACGUUGAGGUCAAGGCCACCAACUUGACGGCCCAGUACCACGUGUUACUCGACCAGUGCUAUGCCUCCGUCUCGCCGCUGCCUUCCAACUCGAGCAACUUCAACCUGAUCGUCCCCUGCUCUAAGGACAGCUUCACCACCGUCUACGAGAACGGCGAAAGCCAAAAAGCCCGCUUCUCCUUCCCCGCCUUCCGCUUCAUCGAGCAGCAGGACCUGAUGAUGUCCACCUACUACCUGCACUGCAUCACCCGGCUGUGCGAGAAGAGCACCUGCAGCACGUUCAAGCAAUGCCAGGAGACGAGGAGGAAAAGGGACACCGUGGACGCGCUGGCAGAGGACAUGAGCGAAACGUACACCCUCACUUCCCAGGAGAUCGUCACUCAAGCCGAGCCCGUUGACUCCAAAGAGCAGCUUGUUGCGUAUAAAAACGCUGACUCUACUGUUGGUCUUGGCGUGGCUGUCGGCGUGCUGGCCGUCGCUUGUGUCAUCGCCUUUGGCGUCGCAGCAGUGUUUUACAAAAAGCUCAGAUACUAAGGGAGCGUAUAAAUGAAUGCUUGCAUUUAGGCCUGCGGGCCAAACACGUUGUGUGAGGUGUAUCGUAUCUGCUUGCUUUUUAUUUUUUUCUGGUGGAGGACUGGGCUCAGCUCAUCAGCUCAUGCAGGGGGAGAUCUUUGUGUGUCAGUUACAGUAGUCAAAGGUCCUUAAAACGAUAGUUUGGGGAAUGAUUCAGUAGAAUAUGCUAGUGUUGUAAUAAAAAAAAGAAAGAAAAUACUUAUUUCCCUGAAUAAAGUAAAGCUUUAGGUGUUAAUGCAUGUCUGCACUUUAUUGCUUUAAAACAUUAUGGUUACUGGAGAGAGAAAACAAUAUAUCCAAAACAGGCUUUCAAAAGUGUUAUAUCUAAUUUAUUGAAUUCUUCACAAUGAGCUGUUAAAGAAAUGCUACACUCCAAACGAUGUCAUCAUCAGCUUGCACACUCGAUUCAUCAAGCACCUGCGGUCGCUCCGCCCCUCUGCUCAUCUCCUGUAAACACACACAACGUUACACAGCGUACCAUCAGCACCACUGUUGAAAAGCACAUUUUAAAGGUUUGUUAACUCAUCGCUGCUUGAUCCUCAUACUGUCUGCAUCCAUCUACUGCUCUUUGAAACCUACUAGUGAAAAUAAAAAGAACACAAAAAACAA